UCUCACUUACAAACAUUUUAGUGUAAAUAAAACGAAUCUCAAUGUUGUUGCAAAUAUUGUAUAUUACAUUUAUAUUUAACUUGCGAUUAACACUCUGCAAGGAACAAGUUGUCGAUGUGAAGAAAAGUUUAGUCUGGGGGCCUGGACUUAAGCCCGAUCACAUUGUGCUGCCGGCUCGAUACUUUUUCAUCCAUGCAGUCGACGAGAGCGGAAAAAAGUUUUCAUCCCCCACGAAUGCAAAGUUCAAAGUGCAAAUAAAAGGCAAUUCGCCGCACGGAAAAUGCCGCUCGAACAUCAAUAUUAUUGAUCGAGGCGACGGUUCAAAUAUUGUCCGCUAUACGAUUGGUGAUUGGUGUGAAAAUGUGGAGAUUGAUGUGCAAUACAAUAAUUCGCAUGUGGCACAAUCCCCCUAUUUUAUACGCAACAAGGUCUACUCGGAGCGUUGCUACUGUCCACAGGAACUCAAUCUGUGGCUGCUCAACAAUGAUUGUUCCGAUUUCUCGGCGGACAAACAGAUCGCUUGGGACUUGCAUUCAUUCAAGCGCGUCAAUUUCAGUGCCAUACGCGAUAAUCUAUUAAAGCGGUACAAUGCCCCCGAGAGUAUCUCGUUGUGCCAUUACGUGGUGAAGAACCAGGAAGUUUGGCGCAAGUGCUAUGGCAAAUACACGGGCUUCAAGAUGUUCAUGGAUGCCACAUUGUCGGCCUUGGCACGCGUUGUCUACUUGCCAGACAUGGAGUUCUACUUGAAUCUCGGCGAUUGGCCGCUGUCGAAGAAAGGCGGGCAGCAGCGCACCUCGGGUCCGUAUCCGAUCUUCUCUUGGUGUGGCAGUGAUGACACCUACGACAUAACAUUGCCGACAUAUGACAUUACCGAGUCCACCAUUGAGAAUAUGGGACGGGUUAUGCUGGACAUGUUGUCGGUGCAGAAGAGUGAAUAUCCCUGGGAGACCAAAGAGGAGAAGGCAUUCUUUCGCGGCCGGGACUCACGGCGAGAGCGCUUGCAAUUGAUUGAUCUGGCUAGAAAGUAUCCAGACCUGAUCAAUGCGUCAAUAACGAAUUUCUUUUUCUUUCGCAAUGAGGAGGAUAAAUACGGUCCAAAGGUGCCGCACAUUUCGUUCAUGGAUUUUUUCAGAUACAAAUAUCAGCUAAAUAUCGAUGGAGCUGUUGCAGCGUAUCGUCUACCCUAUUUACUGGCUGGCGGUUCCCUGGUCUUUAAACAAGAUUCGCAUUAUUACGAACAUUUCUACAGCAAGCUGGUUGCCUACAAGCAUUUUGUACCCAUCAAGCGUGAUUUGAGCGAUGUAAUCGAAAAAAUAACAUGGGCCAAAGAAAACGAGUCGCGCGUUAAGGAAAUCGUGUCGACAGCACGCGCAUUCGUUGAGGAGAAUCUCAUGCCACAACAUAUCUAUUGUUACCACAUGGUAUUGUUUAAAGAGUGGAGCACGCGUCUUAUAGCACCAGUCGAUGUCUUUCCCGACAUGGAGAAACUUAACUUUAGCCACACUUGCACCUGCAAGGAGAAGCAACUUAGAGACGAACUCUAAAGCUCUUUGGAAUCAUCUUAACAUGUAGAUUUUUACAUCUAUAUUUAUCGAAGUAUUUAUGUCCACUACAUUGAUUGUAGCUUUAGUGUCCCCUCAUCACUCAUUCCAGAAUCUAUCAUAGUUUGUACACAUCCACCAUAUUGAUAUACUUUUACAAGAUAUUAGAGAAAUGUAAGUGAAGAAACAUUUGACACGUUUCGGUUUCGUAUUUUAUGUACUUUUCUACAAAUAAAUUGAACUUAAUAGGAUAUCUAUAUAGCA